AUGUCCGUCGAGGAGGUGGAACAAGAACCGUUCAGUGUUCAUGAGUUUGUGGAGCGACUGGCAUGGAAGACUAUGGGUGCUAAUGCUCGCAGCAGUCCAGAAGAGUUUGAUCCAGUCAUACUGUAUACAUCAUUUGAGAAGAUGAUUCAAGACUUGAAAGAAAAGAACAACAAGAUACAAAGCAAAGUGACCAGUUUGGAGUUACAGUGUACAGAUGAAGAAAAGCGCCAUUGGAACCGAGUGUCUGAAUUGGAGAAAAAAAAUCAGUCUCUCUACACAGAUUUCCAGACUUUGGAUGAGCGGAUCUCUUAUGUGGCUACUAAAGUUGUUCACCUGGGAGACCAGCUAGAGGGAGUCAACACACCCCGGGCAAGAGCUGUUGAAGCUCAAAGGCUGAUGAACUAUUUGGGAGAAUUCCUCACAGAAGAACCUUUAAAGUCACCUGUCCUGGUGGAUCCAUUUCAGCUACAUCUGACAGCUGAUGUCAUACAGAAGCUACAUCUCAUAGCCCUGGAGCUACCUGUUGGGGGAAGGUUUGAUAUUGCCAGACAGAGGAUUGCCGAGAAAUACGAUGCUGUAGAGAAAGAACUCAUUGAGGAAUUCCGGCUGGGACAGCAAGCAGGAGACAAAAGACAGAUGCGUAAAAUUACCAACCUCUUGCAACAUUUUAAGGGUUAUGGAAAGUGCAUUGAUGUCUUCAUUGCUGAAUGUCAGAAGGGUGCCUACAGACAUGCCAGCAUAUUUGAUGAUAUUGUUGCCUUGUGUGUGGAGACAAACAAGUUGGCUAAAGCUGUGUUCAUCAACUCUGAUAACAUCAUGAGCAAGCUGGUCCAGAAUGUGUUUCAAGGAAGUGUUCAGGGGUACAUCGCAUCCAGGUUAGAGAACCAGUCUGAUCCAGAAGCUUACUUAAACAAUCUGUAUGAUCUGUAUAUCAGAACAUGCAAGCUGACAGCAGAUUUAUCCAAGGCUUGUACUGAACACGAAUUUAAACUGGGAGAUUCCACAUUCCUUAAUAAGCUGACUCGUUCUAUCUUCUCUCAUCAUCUAGAGAAGUAUAUUGAGGUGGAACUACAGUCUUUGAAACAACGCUGUUCCCAAGUUCUGCAGCACUAUUAUGAGAAAAAGGAGCAUGUCAAAAGACAAAUCCAGUCUGGAGGAAUCUAUGAACUGAAACGUGAUAUUCAAGCCAAGCUUGGCACUGUCACAAAGGCUGGGCCAACCGUGGAGAAUUUUGGUGGAGAAACAUUUUUGUCACAGGAAGUUGCAAUCAACAUCCUCCAGGAUACCAAAAAUGCAUUUAAGCGGUGUCAGACAUUGUCCUUGCAGUCAGAUAUGGCAUCUAAUGCCAUCAAGAUAUUUGAACUGCUGGUGCAGUAUUUGGUUAUAGAGCAUAUUGACUAUGCUGUGGAGAUUGGACUCUCAGGCAUCCCACCUGCUGAGCCAAAAACAGAACCUGAGAUUUAUUUCUUUGAUGUUGUCAGUCAGGCAAAUACGUUAUUCCACCUGUUUGAGAAGCAAUUCACUGACAGCUUCAUUCCACUAGUAAUGUCAUCCCAGCACCAUGGCUUUUAUAUGAAGAAGAAGAGGGAGCUCAGAGAAGCAAUGGAGAACAAGAUUGAUAUUGGCCUGGACCGAUCCAUUAAUGCAGUCAUCGGUUAUGUCAAAUAUAUCUUUGCUACAGAACAGAAGAAAACUGACUUCCGUCCAGAGUCUGAGGACGCCCCACUACAUCUUCUGUCACCGGCUGCUGUCAAAGUGUGCAAGUUUCUUCAAGGACAGCUGAAGGAAAUCAAAGACAGUCUUGAUGGGAAAAAUGUGGAAGUUGUUCUCAAUACAUUAGGUCAGCGAUUUCACAGAGUCACCUAUGAGCAUCUGACACAGUUUACCUACAACUCCAUUG